AUGGGUUGCUACAAACAGCUUUCUAAAAUAUCUGUUGAAACCAAGGAAAGUCAGGAUUCAAAAAAAGACUUGCCACCCUGGCCUUGUCACAACCCUUAUUCGUUUCAGCACUCUUCAAACAUCCACCCAUUAAAGUUUAAAUCUAAACCAAAUGAAACUACUUUGGAAUUAAAAUAUAGAACCGUUUGUCAAGAAACUUGGCGUUGGUUAAACGAAUACUGGUCACUGUACAAUCUUUCUUAUUCAAAGGCGAAAAAUGCAUUUUUAGAAAAAGAGAUGAAAAAUAUUGAAAAUAAUCCAACUGGACAUAAGAUACCAGAUAUGGGAGUAUUUCAUCGUGAAUUUUUGGAGGCCAAUAAAAAGCAGAGGAUGGAUUUCAAUCUUAAAUGGUAUCGUUCUAUUGUUUAUAUUGUUUAUUUAAGUAUUUUGGUCGACUUACAACAACUGUAUCAUCGUUUCUAUGCUAGAUUUUCUUCCAAAUUAAAUCAAUAUAAAAAUGUUAAUAAUAAUAAGAAAAUAAAAUGA